GAAUAUUAUGAUUUUUUGCAUUCGAGACCCGGUAACUCUGCACAAUCAUAUGUUUGAGUUUAUUUGUGAACAAUUCAUUUGUUUACAAAAGCUAAUAAACAACAUUUUCGGAACGGCAAUUAAUAUAAUCCGAAUUUGUGAUCUAUAUUUGUUAUUUACUAUAAAAUUCGAUGGACCAUCAAUGCAGUCACAAAGAACAACCCCCUGAUCUAAGAAUAUCCGAUUGUAGCAGUGACGAGGAGAAUACAAUAUUUUCCCGCCAUAAUUUGUCUAAAUCUAGUGAUACUGCAGCGCUGGAUAUAACGUGGAGUAGUGAUGAUGAGUUGUCCACUGAAAAUGGUCAAAGCUUUCUCAAUACGAACUGCUUUGACAAUGGUGCCUCAACACCUCUGAGUACAAGGUACUCGCGGUCAGCAAGAAAAUCCAAAUUGCCUAACUUGUGCAUUAAACGUAAAUUGAGUAAAGUCAGCGAAAAUCCGGAAGAAGUAAGAAUUACGUUGGGUAACCGAAAUAUCCCAUUGGAAAAUAAUAACAUUCAUAGCUCUCCGUGGUGUAAGGUGCGUAGGACAUUCUCAAUAUUACGUUGUCAAAGUAGCAUUCCAGAAAGUUGUAUAUCAAUUGAACAAGAACAAAAAACACCAACAAAAAAUCGUUUGUCCCAAUAUGAUUCGGCAGAUACAACAAUCGAAUGGUCAUCUUCUUCAUCAGAAACUGGCUCACCAAUGCGGACACCCAAAAAUGCCAUGACGACAACUCAAAAGAGCACAGCGCCAACAGAGUUGGAAUUAUUGGUUGCGCUAAUUGAACGUGAAAAUGCUGCGGCUAAAAUGAAAGCUCAUCAAACGAUAUUUAAUCAAAAGAAGAAGCGAUAUAUUCCAGGUGGGUAUGCGGAACGUUUGCAAAAAUUGGAGGAAGCAAAUCGCAUAGAGCGUAAUUUCUUACGAAACGAUCAACAAUGGGGCCUACAGAAUGGUACACGUAUGUGUGUAUUAGAAUUGAAUAAAGCUUAUGGUGUACACAUAGCAACAGUGAAGUUGGAGCAGUGCGAUAAAAACGCUGUAAAUGGUAAUUCAGUUGUAAAUGUUCGUAUUAUAAUUGAUGCCGACACUGCAGCGCAUGUUAAGGUGGGCAGCAGGAUAGAAGCAUUCUUCGAUUCAACCAUUAAACCAUAUACAUUACAAACUGUGAACGCAACAGCUAAAGAAAUAAUUUAUGUCCAACCACAUAAAUUGCUCCUAUUAUAAGGCUUAAAUUUGUUAUUUAAAUAGAAAUAAUACUAAAUUUUAGUUUUUGUUAUUGCUGAAAACAUUUUGUUUAUUACUUCUAAGUUCAAUUUGUACAAAGUUGUAUAUUCUUAGUCCGUUAAAUAAAUAAAUUGCCCAAUAAAAUUUUCUUUAAUAAAUACCUUUAUAUGCUAUAUAGGGUAUACAUAUUGGAUUGCUGUAUGUUUCUUCAUAUUUAUUACCUUAUCACAGUCAGUCGAUAAGUGCUUAAGGGUACGGAAUUUCAGCUGAUAAAAUGUAUUACAUACAUAUGUAUUCACUCAAAAACGGCAACUACUCGAUUUAUUACAUUUGGUCAUGCUGAAUUUUCUGAAAUCUACUUUUUCUUUUCAGUUGGAGACGUGCCAUAGAGUGAAAUAAAAUAACUUCUGUAAAAAAAUAAUAAUAAUAAGGUUGAGGCUGUAAGGGAGAGGUGGUACUGCAACUUCCAUUGCAUUGACGAUACAUUGACCUCUGUGAAUACACGUAUAGUAUGUAAAUGCCUAUACAUCAGUCAAUAGAAUUCCACAGCUGCUGACCGUGUACGAUAAUUAUCAGAACAAAUAUUACCUCAUCGUCACGCAACCAAGUUUAUGGCAACUUGAUUACAACGCGAUAAGCGCUGGAAUACAAACAACAAAUAUUGAAAAAUAUUGGUAAUACCUGCAGCUGGUGGCGCUUACUAUAAAUAGUCAAAGUAAUGAAAGUGAAAACAAAUGCAGGGAAGGAGCAAAGCAAUCUCUCAUAAUGCAGAGCGUAAUACAAGCGAAAAUCGUUGUGCGAAGGAUAUAGGUAUGCAUUGCGCAUGCGCUUACAUGAGUGUAGGUUGGAAGCCCUAAUAUUUGCUUCCAGUUGUCAUAUGAAUGAAUGAUUGCUACUAACUGCCAAUUGCUGUGGAAUUUUGCUGCCUUCACACUGCUCACAGAGGCGGUUGCAAAUUAUUUUGGCUUUCGUGAGAAAAGCGUAGGCUUUCGGGGUAUGCUGGCAAGUCUCAAAGUGUUCAGUUAUUCGGGAGUUGAGUGUAUCGGCCUGUCAUUUAGUCGGUUUGUCUGCCAAACGACCAGGAAAUACCUAAACGUAGUGCUAUUUGUAUUGUGUACAUAUGAUUAUGUGUUACGGACUUCCAAUGAGAAAAGUGGAAGAUGAAAUUUGAAAAGACAUUUUCAUCGUAACCACACGAAAUCGAUAAGUUCGCAGGAAAAUCAGAUAUUUUCAGACUGCGUGACUGUAAUUUUCGCUGAAAAAUUUGUUAAUUCUGGUGAAAAAUUUAAUUGAUGUUACGAAAUAGAUGUGGAGCUGAAAAUUGUUAAAAUCCAUAGUGUAGAGAAUAUUAUAAGUAAUUUGUUCAAAUGAAAAAACGACAACACAACGAAGUGGAUAUGUCGAAGAAAAGUCAACAGCGCUUCAGUAUAUUCGCGACUGCACGGCCUUUCCGUCAGAUACAUGUGCUUAUAUAAGAACUUGAAAAUUGCCUGUCGCGCAGUAUAACCUUUUUACGUUUCCUUGUGUGAUUGUACUCCCUCAUAAUUCUAGUGCUUCUCUCAAUAAAAAAAAGUAAAAAAGAGACAACAACAAACAAACUAUUAUGUCCGCAUUUUAAUUGAAAACAGUCGAUUGCUAAGGGUAAAAAUUAAAUAUCGAUAUCUCUAUUAACUGCGCCACCAACGCAAUACCAAAACAAAAACUAAAACUAACAAAAAAAAAAAAAAAAAAAAAAAAAAAAUUAGAAUAUUAUUUUUCCAAAUCUAUUUUGAAGUGGUUGCACUGAGUGCAAUUCCAAGUAAACACACUCGAAAAUGCAGCCCCCGCCACGUAAGGGAAAUUAUGUGAAAUUCUUAAAGAAUUUACACACAGAGCAAGUGGCUAAAUUGCAAUUAAAGAAUCAACAUGAAUGCGAUUUGCUGGAGGACAUACGACAGUUCACCAUCAAACGCUCCGCCAUUGAAAAAAACUACAGCGAAUCGUUACUGAAGAUCUCUUCGCAGUAUUUGAAUAAGAAAAUACCAAAUAUACCAGAUAUAAAAAUGGAGGGCAUGGAGGAGAGAUGGAACAUGUGGAGCGUUUGGCGUACGGUACUUGAAGAGAAUGAAAAAUUGGCACGCGCACGACUCGCAGCCAUCGAAGUGUUCCAGCAGCAGAUUGCUGAUGAAGCUAAAGUGUUGCGCGAUUACAAAUUGGCCAUUUCCAAAAAAUCACUCUCACAGAUAGUGAAUGUACAAAAGGAGUUGCACCUCAGCGUUUCCGAUGUCGAUAAGACAAAAAAGCAAUAUUUCGAUGAGGAACAUUGCGCACACGAUGUGCGUGAUAAAGCACGAGAUAUUGAAGAGAAACUGAAGAAAAAGAAGGGUUCGUUUUUCCAAUCCAUCACUUCGCUGCAAAAGAAUAGUGCACGUGUUACAUCACGCAAAGAAUUGUUGGAGGAGAAAUCGACGGGCGCACGCAAUGACUACAUACUCAGUUUGGCCGCAGCGAAUGCACAUCAGAACCGUUACUUCACAGUCGAUCUGCAGACAACGAUGACCACUAUGGAAAAUUAUGUUUUUGAACGAGUAGCCGAGUACCUGACACUGAUGGGCCGCACCGAAUUGCUCACCUGUUCGGCCACACAGAACUCGUUUGGCAAAAUACGUGAUCAAGCACAGCAAUUGACGCGCGAAUACAAUUUACAGUGCUGUUAUCUCUUCUAUCCGGUAUUAAAACAACACAUACAAUAUGACUUCGAACCGUGCGAUAACGAUCCAGUACGAAAGAUCACCACCGAACAUGAAUCGGCAUCGGAGACGCUUACGAAGGAGGCUAAGAAUUUGGCGGGACGUGUGGUGAAGGAGAACGUAGCUAUACGUGAUGCCGCAAAGAAAUUAGCUAUUUGCGUAUCUCUACGUGAUUCGGGACAACGCAGCGAUCCGAAUGAUCCUAAUGGACCAGAUUUGGACACGAAAAUUGAAGAGUUUAGAGAUUUGAUUCGCCGCUCUGAAACGGAGAAGGCAAAGGCUGAGGCAUGUUUGCAAAGUUUGCGUGAAGGUGGCAUUAAUGUUGACGAAUGGGUGCAAGAGGCAGAGAUUAUGGGCGUACAGGAAUUGGCACGCUCGGCCAGUUCUAUUUCUAUGCGCACAGAUGCUUCGGGACAAGGGGAAAACCCAAGUUCGGAUUCAUUCUACGACAGUGACAAGGAGGAUGCAGGUGGGGCACAGGCAGGUGUGGCUGCUAAAUCCAAAGUAGAGAAGGAGUUGUCGCGUGAUAAGACAUUUAGUGACAGUGAUGAGGAUGUGGAAGAACGUGUUCCGGAACCAAUUGCUGCAGCUCCGAUGAUGGCGGCUACUACCGGUUGGGAUGAUCCCACUGAAGUCAACUGGGGUGCCGAGGAGGAGGAGAAAGAUGAGCCCAUUGUUCCUGAACCUAAGGAGGCCAUUUUCAAAUGUACCGCUUUGUAUAGCUACACUGCUCAAAAUCCAGACGAACUCACCAUUGUCGAGAACGAACAGCUGGAGGUGAUUGGUGAGGGUGAUGGUGAUGGUUGGUUACGCGCACGCAAUUAUCGCGGCGAAGAAGGCUAUGUGCCGCACAAUUAUCUGGACAUCGAACAGGACACUGCCGUUAACGGUAGCUCAGGCAAUCAAUUGCGCUCACAAAUCUCAUUCUCAUCUGUCGAUUAUACCGUUGACAAUGAAGAUCAAACCGUGGAUUCCAUGCAGUCACCCGAUCAGGUCUCUGUCAUAAUGGCGCCACAAAAAAGGAAGUCAGACGUACUCUAUUGCAUAGCCUUGUACGACUACGAUGCGACUGCCGAGGAUGAGCUCACCUUUGAAGAGGGUCAAAUUAUUAAGAUUGUUACAAAGACGGCGCAUGGCGUAGACGAUGGCUGGUGGGAGGGUGAAUUAGAUGGUAAAUUUGGUAAUUUCCCAUCGUUGGUAGUUGAAGAGUGUGAUGAGAAUGGUGAACCGUUGUCGGAAGGUGGCGAUGAGUCACCACCACCGACUGCACCGCCGAGUUUUGCGCUUCCACCCGCUCCCGCACUACCGCCAGAGUAUGCGCACGAACUAACUGAGGAUAUGUUCGAAUCGCAGGACACUGCAGAUGAUGACAGCGGCUAUAUACCGAACGGUGGCGCACCCAGCAUGCCUCCACCAGUGCAAAGUAAUAAAGCCAGCAUCAAAAAGGUACUCAUACAAGAGCCUGGAAUGGAGGACGAUAUCAGCGACGAUGGUAAUCCACCACCAUCGCUGCCGCCACCGGCUUUAAAUGUCGGACCCAGCAAGGAAGGUAAUUCACUAAAUUUAGGUAUGGCACAAAUAAUUGUUACCGCCGCAACCCCAAUGGUUGAAGACGGCACAGAUAAAUCUUUCCCUCCGGUAGGAGAAAGUGAUGGAGGUAGUGCAGUUGCAGCAACAGCAAAAACUGCCAGCAGCGACGACGACAAGCCUGUUAAACAGAAAAAGGUGGAACCAAAACCAGUGGUGCAAGCAGCAGCUGAUGAAAAUGAGAAUCACGAGGACGAUACACACUCAUCCGAUCAGGAUCCGGAUUCCGAAGUGAAGACCUUACAAGAGGCUGAAGACCCAUUUAAUGAAAAAGGUAGCGCUGCUGACGCUGGUGAUGGAUUCGAGGCAAACUUUGAAGCCAACUUCGAUGCGAAUUUCGAUGACGCCUUUGCUGGUGGCGCACAAUCUGCCGAUGUUAAUGCCGAACUGAGCGCCGACGACGUGCAGGCACCUAAGCAGGUUGUAGGUGGGCGCGCAAGCAUACCCGAGGAAUUGGAUUCAAAUCAAUUGGCACGAUUGCAAAAUCUGAAAGAGUCAAAUGCUUAAACAGUAUAAGAAGGAACCUUUUAAGAUUACUUGCAUUUAGAGAUAAACAAUCCGAAAGAAAUUGAAAUGCACUAAGGAAAAGCAACAAUUUAAGUAUUAUUGAAUAAGCAUUGUGUAGAGAAGAAAAUGUGAAGGGAGAAUGAAUAUAGAUAUUAGUGUAUAUUAUAUACUUACUUGGAAUAUAGAUGUACUCAGCGUGUAUUUAAAGCUGGCAAAUAUUUGAAAAAGCAAGCGCGCUGAUUUCUAAUGCCAACUUAGCGAUUUGACGAUAUUCAGUUUCUUUGAAAAUUUGCAUGUAAACUAAUCUAUUUUAUAUUCGGUGUUAAAAUGCUUCGUACCAAACACAUAUAAUUUCGAAAAAAAGCUAAAAAGUAAUAAAAAGAAAGUAUUAUGGGAGAGCCUUAAUGUGAGAAGAUAAUUGUACGCUGAAAUUUAUUUCACAGUCUUGUCAACUUUGCACCUUGAUAAAUGUACGUAAACAUAUAUACAAUACAGAUACUCAUAUGUAUAUGACCCGCUUUCAUAAACCUCCACUUGAAUUGAACUAUUAUUAGGGAAAAUGUUAUACUUACUCUAAGUGCAUACACAAAUACAUAUAAUUACGUAUAAAAACACUUAAAAUACUCGUACCACAUAUACUAAAGUAUUACACAUAUGUAGUAUAUAUUUAUUAGAGAAUUGAAAUCGUCUAACUGCAGUGGCAUGCCAAGAAAAGCAAGUAUUAAAUUAAAUUAUUUGUCUUUGAAUUUAAUUAAAAUAUUUAGUAUUAUUUAACGCACCACUGUAGUUAUAAGAAAAAUCACGAAUGUACUUCAACAAAUGUGCUUGUUAGAUAUAUACUCUCAUAUACUAUUACAUACCUAUGUACACCUAAACAUUUACUUAUAGAUACUUGUAAUUACACAAACAAAAAUUAUAGCAAAAAUGCUGUAAAUCUAAUAAAAUAUGUAAAUUGUGAGCAAAGGAAAAAAUGCAAUAAAUCAGAAUUAAAAGCAUUAUUAAAGCUAAAGAAAAAGAAGAAAAAAAAACAAUAAAAAUUGCUGCAGUCAAUUGUUAAUUUAAAGUUUAAUAGCCAAGUACCUUACGUGAAAUAUUCAUUUGCCAAUAGUUAUACACUCAUAUUAAUAUAUAUAUAAAUAUACACAUAUAAAGCUGCUUUAAUAAUAACGAAUUAUCUAUUUAUAUUUUAUCUAAUUAUUCUAUUAUAAAAUUUGUAGAUUUUUUUAAAAUUGUUUAGUUCGGCUCGUACUUUGGGGAUAUUAUUCAAACCAUUUAUGUUUUCCAAGGAGCUCUUCCCAUGAAUAUGUGCAGAAAAAAGCCAAAAAACUCCAAAAUAAUUUGACUUUUGAAAUACAAAGUUAUACUAAACUAGUCUCUGUCAAAACUACUGUUUUUGAGUUCGAGUAACCGACUCAUAAUACUAAAAAAUCUGUAAGGUUUCGGCCUCUGCCAAUCCAGCUUCAUUAACACUUUCUUCAUAAUCUUGAAAAAUAUUUUAAAUUCCGUGAUAAACACCACACAACUACUUAAAUAUUCAUUCGCACUUACUUAUGCCAAUUCUAAGUAAAGAUAUGUGCCGUGUUACAGUAAACACUUGGCAACUAUUAAUCCAGGAAUUUUAAAAGCAGAGUUUCAAAAUUGAGCAAUAACACAACCCACAAAAAGCAACAACCUCAAUUUAUCCGCAAUCACACGAAAUAAAUUACCGUCUGUCCGAAAGUUUCAACAUCGAAAGCUCCUAUUUUGUUCGUAAUCUCAUGAAAAAAUUUUGUUGUGCCAGAUAUAUACAAGUAUAUGUAUAACACUUUUCGAAGUCUUGAACAUUGAUAACACAACCGGUGUGCCGCUGUGGUCGCAGCCUAAAUCAGUGCAUAUUAACCUAUUUUGCGCCUAUUUUGGUACUUUUUUACAUUUCUGCUCACACGGACGGGAAACUAAAUUUCCUUUUUAAUGUUGACAUAUUCAAAGUCUAGUUUACGCUCUUUCGAAGUGAUUUUUACUGUAUUACCCACUUCAUCCUGAGGUAUUGUAUUUCUGAACGGGAGGUUUGUGAACGUAGUGGAAUCUGCCAUGAUGCAACACAUAAUUCUCCAACGGGUAGAAAAAAUUAGAACAGUCUUUUAACUUAACUUUGGAUUUGGUUGAAUAAGAAUAUAUUCUCAUAUAGUCUUCCUUCUAGAUACUAUACUUACAUCUUGAAGAGAUGUGGUGCAACGACAAACAAACAAUUUACUAAAUAUUUGAUUUUAAGUUCAAACAUAUGCAAAAUAUUUGAAUUAUGCCUGAUAAGUUUUAGUAUUUAAGUUUUUGUUAUGUUGUUGAAAUUUUGUUAUGCAUUCCGAAUAGUCGGAAACGCUUUCACGAUUAUAUAGAAAACCAAAGAACUAAACAUAAAAUUGUAAAAAUAUGUUUUAAUAAAGUUUAAACUCAAUGCCAAUAUUAGUGCUAUAUAUAAACAGGUCCGCGGAAAUAAUCAAUUAUGAAAAUAAAUAGUACACACUAAACAUAUACAUAGAUCAUACGUUCUUUCAUAUACAUAUUUGAAAAAACAAAAAUUCAUUCAUCAAUUACAAGCUACUUAAACAGUGUGUCUACAUUACCGUUUCAUACUGACUCAUAUGUAAAACUUACAUACGUACACACUUAAAUUAAACUCUAAUUUAGACUAAUUUAUUGAAAGUAUGAAUAUUAGAAAAAUUAUACAAUAAUUUGUAGAAAAAAAUUUAUAUAAAUACUGUUCUUAAUACUGUAAAGUUUUGUUGCGUUUUCUAUUAAAUUAACUAUUGAAAUCAAAGUAUUAUGUGUAAAUCCGAAAAAAAAAAUUAAAACAAUUUCUAAUAACCUGAAAUGUAAUGCAACAACUAAAAAAUCCAACCCAAUAAAUACAUACUAUAUAAAUUC